AUGGAGACGGCGCCGGGCUCGCGGUGCCGCCGGUGCCUGGAGAUCCUGUGCGCCGUCCUCCUCCCGCCGCUCCGCGUCUACCUCCGCCACGGCUUCUGCUCCAUGCGGUUCUUGAUCAGCGUGCUGCGCACCAUCAUCGGCUACUACUUUUGCCUUCUCUUCGUUAUUCAAGCCCCCGUCAUGGGUUACGUGCGGAACUGCCUCACCUUCUUCUGCGUCUUGCUCCUCGUCGCAUUCCUCAACCGCCCCAGUAAUGGCGAUGACGACGACGCCGACGAAGACGACGACUCCGCCACCGCCGCCUCCUACGUCUUGGUCGCCUGA